ACCAGCCGACAAAGAAUUCUAUCGAACCAAGCGCUCAACUAGUGGACAGAUGCUUGCUGCAUGAUGCGUGGUGCAACGAAGAUCCUCGUGUUUCUGGGCGUUUGUGUCCUGUUCAGUGAUGCUUUUGGAAUCAGUAUAACGGAGGUGAACAAAGAACAUGCGAAGGGGGGGAACGCCGCUGAACAAAUGCCUCAGGCUGAACCCGGACCCCCUACCAACAUCAAGGUCAAUGUGCUCUCUUCCACCGCCUUGGAAGUGACCUGGGACCCGGCGCCGGAUUCCACGCCACAGUAUUACCGUGUUCUGUCGCAGGGCUCUGGAAUUACACCUGGAGAUCAGAUCGUAUAUGAUCAGUACUACCUUUUGAACUCACUGUUAGGCUGUACGGAAUAUUUCAUAACCAUCAUAUCCGUUUAUUCUGAUGAAGUUGAAUAUAGGAGUGAACCGGUUGAUGGAACCACUGAUAGUGAAGUUCCCCCUAUGCCAGCCAACUGCACCAUCGUGAAGGAAGGCCCCGAUUCGGUGUCGCUCAGCUGGGUUCAUCCUCUCACAAACUGCCCGGUGUACAAUUAUAACAUCAGUUGGGAGUGGCAGGCGCUGUGGAACGAGACACUGGCCGGCAGGGACUGGAGCACGAGCGGGGAAAUGAGUUACACCAUCAUUGACAUCCGGCCCUACAGCGAGGUUCUAAUUUCCAUCCAAGGCAAAACUUCAUCGGGAUACGGUCUGCCGCUGGAGUGCGAGGCUAAGACCAAAGAGGAUUAUCCAAGCUCCCCGAAGAUCGUUAGUGUAACAGAAGGACCAGACUAUUUGUCCGUAACUUGGGAGCCUCCUGAGGACCUAAACGGAGUCAUCAAGCAGUACAGGAUCACGCGAAUCGGCAACGCAGAGGAGUUGCAAGAGGAGGCAGACGGGGACACUUUGACGAAGAGGCUGUACGGUGUAGAAGCUUGUCAGAACUACACACUCACCGUUGCUGCAAAGACGGCGAAAGGUUUUGGGGAGGAAUCCAAUAAGUGGGAAAUUUAUGUCACAGGGGAAGCUCCUUUGGAAACAGUGAGAUGUACUGGAGAAGCGUCUAGAAACUUCACUGUGAUCUGGGACCAUGGAAGCGUCACCUGCAAGGAUCAGAACUACUAUAUCACCUGGAACUCUACUGUUUUGUGGUCAGAUGAUAAAGACCAAGGUGAAGAAGAAGUUCCCGGAAACGAAACGACCUACGCUUUCCUUAACACGCCUCCCUACACCGAAUACACUGUGUGCGUGGCCAUCACCAAGGGCGCGGAGGAAAGCGUGUGCUGUGACCACAUCACGGCAGAAGAUGGCCCCUCGCAGCCAACCAUUACGGAAGUCUCCUCCUUCCGCGGAGACGUUCGCAUCAGCUGGUCGCCUCCUGAGGAAGCUAAUGGCAUCGUGAGGAGCUACAACGUCUCAUGGGAGAGUGAGACCGCCGACUCGGGGUCUCAGGGGUUUGAGGACGUGUCUGAAGGAUUGGUUGAAGGUCCGGAAACCUGCAACACUUACGCCCUUUCUGUGUCCGCUGGCACGACCGUCUGGGGGAAUAAAUCGGAGGCCCAAGAGGUGGAUGUUGUGAAUUACGUUGACACCAUGUCCUGUAGCAGUGAAGGCACAGGCACAGUUCAUGCCCUGUUCAAAUUCGCGUCAACUCAUUGCGAAUUCAACUUGAGAAACACGAACUGGAAAGUCGACGUGCUGUGGAACAAUGACACAUGGACGGACUCGGCUUCCGACGACUCCAGCCCUUCGUCAGGCAGCUUCACCGUGGGCAACCUGGACCCUUACACGCAGGUGGAGGUGUGCAUGAGCGUGCCUGCCAGGGACGAGGAGAAGGCCUGCUGCACCGCUACCACAGACGAAGCCGCUCCGAGCAAGCCGAGUGAGGUGAUCGCAUCCCAAGUGACCAACACGACAGCCCGCAUCUCAUGGACGAAGCCCCUGGACGUGAACGGCGCCAUCAAGUCCUGGGAAGUGAAUCUGCGAAAAAAUAGCGAGAAUGACUGGACGGCGCAUGAUGUUGAAGGGAAGUUGAUGUACUUCGAUGCUACGGAUCUGACUCCUUCUACUAAUUACGAAGUUUUAGUGAAGUGCCAGACGGGAGGAGGCUUGGGCGAAGGGCAACACAGCAGCUUCAAAACACUCAACCCGGACAAUACCCCUGACAGCAAACCCAACCUCGGCCUUAUCAUCGGCUUAUCAGCAGGAGCAGGAGCUUUGUUACUACUGGUGUUCGUGGGCGUCCUUCUCUAUCAGAGGAAGAAGAGGAAGACCUCGGGCGAGCAUUUGGAGAAGGAAGCUCCACCACACUCGUAUAAUAACAAUGGAUUCAUUGGCAAAGAUGUGCAACGCGAGGGUGAUGGAUAUGAGGAGGAUUAUUUAUGAGCUCGUCUGCUUGCAUGUAACACACAAGCUUCAACAUUCCAAGCGCCGAGAAUCACAAAAUCCAUGCACAAAGAGACAUUCAUUCACAACACGCAGGCGCAAGCACUCACUCGCUCAUUCAUUCACUUACAAACAUACGGAAAUACUUGCUUUUAUGUACAGUACGUGUAUCGGACACUUUGUAAGAGCACAUGCUUAUGAUGGGAAAGAGUGUGGAGUCAUCGAAGCAGGUAAACGUAGGUUAGAGGGUGACACCUGAUUUUUUUUUUCUUUUUUUAUUUAUAGUUAUUAUUUCAUGCUUGGUCAUAAAUUGUAGUCUAGUUCCAGGUCCAUCAAAAGGACACACACACACAC